AUGGUUUCCAUCGGCCCAUUUCAUCGUGGCAAAAAACACUUGCAAGUCACGGAAAAGGAUAAACUGAGGUACUUGCAGUCAUUCCUUACUCGUACUAGCAUGAGUUUGAAGAGUUGUAUAAGAGUGGUAAAGGAGUUGGAAGAGAGAGCUCGAAGCUAUUAUGCCGAAAUCAUUAUGCUUACUAGUGAUGAAUUUGUUGAAAUGAUUCUUUUGGAUAGUUGUUUCAUCAUUGAGCUUCCCUUCUUUGUUCUUGAAAGAAUCUUCAACCUAUCCAUCUCUUCUCCCUACAAUAUAACAGAUUCCUUCCUCAUGCUUUCAAUCAAGUACUUGGCAGAUUAUCGUUGUGUCAGUAACAGAGAAGAGUCAUUUUCAAGUGGUGAGACAAAGCAUUUUGUUGAUUUGUUGAGGUUAUGUCACCUACCACCAUCUCUAAGGUCACCACCUCACGGUGGAGUCAAGUACAAGCCAAUACACAAUGCAACAGAGCUUCAGGAGGCAGGAAUGGAGUUUAGGCAUAGGAAGGGCUCAAGCAAGCGCAUGCUUGACCAAGCACAUAGCAGCAGGGAAGUGUUGGAAAUCCCGCAGUUGGGCAUAUGUGACCGGACAGAAUCUUUCUUUCUAAACCUCGUGGCAUUGGAGCAAUUUCAUUGUCCCUUGGAUAGUUACAUAAUUGAUUAUAUUCAUUUCAUGGAUAACCUUAUCGACACUGCUAAAGAUGCAGAUUUACUUAUCCAAGAUGGAGUUUUUGUGAACUGCCUAGGUGAUAGCUUUGCAGUGGCAAGUCUCUUUAAUAAACUCACCCCAAAAGUGACUAUCUGGACUCGGAACUAUUACUUUUGUGAUAUAAGUGAACAACUGAAUAACUAUUGCAACGAACCAUGA